AUGGCGGCGCAUCAGCAAACCAGGAUCCAAGCCUACCUGGAGAAGAACAGGAUCGGGCCCCUGUUCGAGGAACUGAUGACCAAGCUGAUAACAGAGACUCCUGACCAGCCAAUCCCAUUUCUCAUUGACCAUCUUCAGUCCAAACAAGGGAACCGGAGUCAACUACAGAGAACAUUGUCUGGAUCUGCUGCUCUCUGGGCAGAAAGUGAGACAUCAGAAAACAAAGGAACAAGAAGAGAUUGCAGAACUUAUGAUAAACCCUGGCAGGUAAAUGCAAAGAAACCUAAAAAGUCAAAGAGUGACCUCGCUGUGUCCAACAUUUCUCCACCAUCACCGGAAUCCAAGUCAUUGCCAAGGUCAAUAGAGCAUCCUAAAUGGGACUGGCGGAGAAAACCGGAGAGCCAGGAGUUUGAUGAAUUAAAUCAUAUUCUUCAGGAGAGUAAGAAGCUGGGGAAAGCCCUUGAGAAUCUCUCUCGCAGCAUUGCUAUUUCUGAUGAACUUGAGAAGGAUGCAACAGGUUUUAAUACUCCUCUCCUAAGACCUCGUGUGAUUGGAGAAUGGGUUGGUCGUGAGGAGAAUGAUGCUGAUCCAUUGGCUGCGGAGAUGUUGCAACCUCCAGUACCAAGAAGUAAAAAUGAACAAUGGGAUAGUGAAGAUAGCAGCAGCAGUCCUGGAGGAAGUUUAAAGAUGGAGCCGAAGACCAAAGGAUUAAAACAGCAACAACAGCAACAUAAGAAGCUACUGGCUGCCAUGCUUUCCCAGGACUCUUUUGAUUCUGUUCAAAGCACAGCUCCCUCAGUGACGGAAGAAGAUAUUGACAAUGAGGAUGAUGCAAUGGAACUGCUAGAGGAUCUUGAUGAUUUAAGAAUGGAAGGAGUAACCAGUGUGAUGACUUCUGGGAGUAAAUUUAAUCAAACUCGAAGCGCACAUCCUGCUGAACCUCAGGCAAAGGUCACGUUGAACAUCUGCGCAAGGUGUGCCAGACUGCAAGGAGAUAACUUGGCAGAAACAGCAGAGGAUGUCUCACUAGUGUCUCAGACGACCGAGCAAGCGGCAUCAGAUUCCAAUGCUUCAGUGCCUGGGGCGGAAACACUGAUGGAGGAUGCUGAUGAAUUUGAGAGUGCAUCUCAAAUAACAGGACCUGAUGAAUUCUUACAUCAAUUUCAGCUUGCCCACCAACCAUGGAUAUUGCCAAGCGACACAGAGAGUGAAGGUGUGGCAGCAGAUCAAGAUAAAUGUUUGUGAAAUCAGUGGGAAUAUUGAAGAAUUUAAUUAAAACAAAAUCAUAAUUAUCAAACCUACACCUGAAGAUCUGUUUUA